AUGACGCUGCCUCUCAUCAACUACGACGAGGUUGUGAAUGCCUUCGACCCCAGCGACGAGGGCUACUCAGCAUGCACUGUCGCCGCAUCCUUUGUAGCGGGCUGCGUCGCGGAGUUGGGAGGCUCCGAGGCUCUGUCGACUGCGAAUCCGCUGAAAUUUGCGGCAUGUGUUUGUUGUGUUGGGACGACGGACGUGGCUCCGGUCUACAGCACCUGUUCCGACUAUCUCAGCUCUGGGGCGCCUGACCUCGACUCGCAGAUCUCGGGUGUCGGCGGCCCGGCGGAAACGUCGCGCGUGACGGCAGAGGGAUCGACCGUUGACUCCACGGGAGCUUCUGCCACUGGAGGAGGAGCAUCGGGAAGUGCUUCUCGAACGGCUUCCGGCACGGCUCCGUCUCCUACGCUUACGUAUGAUAUUGCUUGUGAACAGAUGGUCGGCCUUUAUGGGGAGUGUGCGAGCGCGACGCCUGCUUUUUCGCGUUUGCCGUACGGAGAGCAGGCUUACUGCUACUGCUGCCGCACUGCGAUAGAUGGCUCUCACGUCACAUGGACGGAUGAGUUUGAUUCAUAUGCGAAGACUUGCCGGGACUGGGCCGUUACCAAGGACAAAGCAGACUACGAUGAUGUCUACAGCUUGGCCAAGAACUUUGCUACGUUUUGUGACCACUUCAGCGAUGCCUGUGACAUGCCGACGACGACCUCCCCCUUUACUCCGACCGCGACGGAUGAUGAGACGGGCAGCCCGACUACUGGCGAUCCUGCCACUGGAACCGUUGAUGAGGCUGCGACCGCGACGUCGACCGAUGCGGCACCGACUGCUGGAAUUGGGCUGGCAGCCGGCGUGCUUGCGCUGGCUGGCUUUGUAGUGAUGAUGUAGAUAAGGCUGGGAAAUCUUUAAAGGUUUGAUGAUUCAAUGGGUAUAUGUA